GUUCUCCUGCAUCGCAACAACACCACCCCCCUGCUGGAGCAGAUUCGCCUCGACGCACUCGCCUCCUCUAACCCACCCGUCUCGAUCACUUCCCAAUGUCCGCCAAGACCGACUUGAGUGUCCCCGCCCCGGCCUUUGGCCAUGCCCUGCGUCCGUACUUCCACCUCGCCAGCGAGUGCAUCCCCACCAACAACGGCUCGUUUGGCACCACCCCGGCCUAUGUCCUCGAGCAGCGCAUCAAGCUGCUGCAUCUCAUGGAGGAGAACCCCGAUCGCUGGUUCGAGCUGAUUGUUCGCAAGAAGCUCCAGGAGUCGCUCGCUCAGGUUGCCCCCCUGCUCAAUGUCAGCGCUGCCGAUCUAGCCUUUGUCAACAAUGCCACCUCCGGUGCCAACGCCGUCCUGCGCUCUGCACCCACUCUGCUCGCUGCCAAGGGCCAUUCCAGCUCGGUUCUGCCCAACGGACGCAAGCGCUCGCUGCUGCGUCUCUCGACCGUCUACGGUGGCGUCCGGCCCGUGGUCCAGUAUGUCGCCGACACCGUUGGCUUCAACGUCAUCGAUGUCCCUGUUGAAUAUCCCAUCUCGGACGACGACCUCGUCGGCCGGGUCGAGCAAGCCAUUCUCGACGAGCAGCGCCUGGGCGGCAGCGUCUUUGCAGCAUCGCUCGAUGCCAUCACCUCGGUUCCAGGCGUCAUUGUUCCCUUUGGCCGGCUCUGCGCUCUCUGCAGAAAGUACGACGUGCUGUCGGUCGUCGACGGCGCCCAUGCGAUCGGCCAGAUCGAGCUCGAUCUGGCAGCCACCGAGCCAGACUUUUUCUUCACCAACCUGCACAAGUGGCUCUAUGUCGCCCGCGGCGCCGCCGUGCUCUAUGCCCGCAAGGAAUACCAGAGCUUUAUCCAUCCUACCGUCAUCUCCUUUGGCUAUGCCAACCCCAGCUUCCGCUCCGAGUUUGACUACACUGGCACCGCCGACCUCACGCCGUACCUGACGGUGCCGGCCGCACUCGAGUUCCGCCGCUGGCUGGGCGGCGAACAGGUCAUCCGCGAACGCAACCACAAGCUCUGCGUCGAGGCUGCCCACAAGGUCGCCGAGAUCUUUGCCACCGAGGUCCUCCUGGGUCUGGGCAGCGACGGCACCGCCGGCACCGGCCUGAUCGCCAACAUGGCCAAUAUCGCUCUGCCUGUUCCCGCCGGCGUCUCGGACGAGACGAUGCUGACACUGCGCGCCGACAUUCUCCAGAGCAAGCAGAUUGCCGGCCAGUUCUACAAGCAUGCCGGUCGCUGGUGGAUCCGCAUCUCGGUCGAGGUCUACAACGACCUGGACGACUAUGUCAAGCUGGCUGAGGGCAUCAAGGAGUGGCUCGCCAGCAAGUCGGCUUGAGUGCGCUGUUGAUCGUACGCUGUUGAUCGUGCAGCACGCUCGUCGCCGACACAUCAAUAACGGGACACUUCUUUCCGAGGGCCAUCUGUAUCGGCAGUCCUGAAUACACACCCAUCUAUCAUCAAAA